AACUUGUGUGUGAGGCGUGAAAGUGUUUGAAUUGCUUCGUACUAGCAGCGCCAUCGACAAGCAACAUGGAAGGAUGGCUGACCAAGCGGCGGGACCACAUGAACAUCAUCUGGACGGAGCGAUACUUCAUCCUGGAAGGCAGUAACCUCCGCUACUACAAGAAGCGCGGAGACCCGACGCCGCGCGGCACGUACGUGUUGACGAACGAGUGCGUGGUGGGAAAGGUGUUCAACUCGGAGGAGAAACACAAGCAUCACGACCAAGUGUGGAUGUUCCGCAUCACGUUCUCCGUGGGGGCGGGCGAGAAAUCGUACAAGAAGGAUCGGUUCAUAGACCUUGGCGCGAAGGACGAGAAGAUGGCGGAAGCGUGGAAGAAGGCGUUGGAGCAGACGAUCUCGGCCAUCAAGGAGGUGGCCGGCGUCAAGGAAGAGAUCCUCAAGGGCGCCGACGUCGGCAAAGGCUACAGCGCCACCAUCCUCGACACGGACAACGUGUCCUUGUUCAACCUGGACACGGACAACGUCAAGACCGAGCAAGGCUGGUGGCUCGUGCGCGUCGAGGAAGGACUGCGCAUCAUGCAAGAAUGCCCGCUAGGCCACCAAGUCGCCGCGUCCAUGUACGCGCACCACGCGAGCCUGACCAACAACCUUCUCUUCGCAUCCACGAUCAGCGCCGUCUUGGCGUUCAGCGUCAUGCAUUCGAUGGUGGCCAACAUGCUCGUGUGCUUUGGCACGGCCUUCGCCGCCGUCGUGGUGUGCGCUUUGACGCUGAUGCCCAAGUCGGCGAUUGAAAUCCCCAGCUUGCGCGUGUCCCAGGUCGUCCAUGGCCCGCCUUCGGACGUGUUUCGCUUGAUCAUGAACACCAGUCGCUACCAACGAUGGGACUCGUCAGUGACAUCGGUCAAGGUCGUUCAAGCGAUGGACGACCACUCGGACAUCAUAUACGUCCAGCUGCGCCCCGUGUACAUCUGGCCCAUGUGGCAAAAGCCCCGCGACCUCGUGCUCAUGCGAUACUGGCGCCGCGAAGAGGACGGAUCGUACUUUGUCAUGUACCAGUCCACGACGCAUCCCGAGUGCCGUGUUCGCCACAACUUUGUGCGCGCCAGCAUCCUCGGCGGGGGCUACGUCAUCGCGCCUCAAAAGUCGUCAAUUCACGGCGGCGUCCGAUCGCUCGUGACUUAUGUCCUCCGGUACGACCCCAAGGGCAACUCGAGCAUUUACCACCAGCUCGGUAUGGACGUGGACGCGGUGCUGCCGAUGCUGCGGUCGGUUGUCGGCAUGCGGGAUGAGCUGAGCGGCGGCGACUUUAUCACGCCCAGCGUCACGGUGGCCGACACUUCCUCCGAGAAUAGCCGCGUCGAUGGCGGCGGCAUUGGCGGUGCCGCGCCGCAUGUUGUGCAAAAGCUCAAGACGUCUCUGCCUGAAAAGAUGUGGUCGGAACCAGAUGCGUCGCGGUUUGCUGUCCGCGGACCCAACUAUUUGGUAGACAAGAAGAAAACACCGUCGAAAAAGGCUCGAUUUCGCCUCGUGGGGGUCGACUUGUUUGCAUUUGACAACGAAAAGGAGCGCUAUAACCUCGCGAAUCGGCCUGGGUCGCAUGUCCAAACUGCUCCUGGGUUUACAUUUAUCAUCAACAUGAUCAUCCCUAGCCCCAACAACCUGAGCAUGGUGUUUUACUUUCAACCGGACUCGCCCACAUUGUUGGACGAAAACUCGCCAUUCUCGGACCUGCUCGCCGACUUUUUGGACGGCGACGAUGCAUUCCGGAACUCUCGGUUCAAGUUGAUUCCCACGGUGGUGGAAGGCACGUUUAUUGUCAAGCAGGCGGUGGGGUCAGUGCCGACGUUGCUUGGGAAUAAGCUGAGCUGUCCGUACCACCGUGGCCCCAACUACUUUGAAGUGGACAUCGACAUUUCAUCCAACAGCGUCGCCAAUACGGUCGUGGGUAUGGUCAAGGGCGUGACCAAAGUGCUCGUGGUUGACCUGGCCUUCCUGCUCGAGUCCCAGUCCGAGGAAGAGCUGCCCGAAGCCAUCUUAGGCACCGUUCGAUUGCAGAACGUGUCGCUUGAUAACCCCCUGCGUGUGCCUGCGUUGCAAACGUAACUCGAUAUAGAGUAUACAUGGAAUUGUGUGUGGGAUAUUGAUUGGUUCUCCAAUAUUUUGAGUCGAUUUGAUUGGCUCUACGACAAGGUGGAGAAUCAACCAAUCAGAACGUCUCGAGCGAGCGGGAUUCAGUAAGUACUGAUUCGACAAACCACGCUAAUUUUGGGAGAUUAUAGCGACUUUUAUACAAUACAUGUACUACUACUAUGGGG